AUGCGGAUUACCACUGAAACGAUCAAUAGCGCAUUGAUAAGUACGUUGAUGGCAGGAGCUUUUGUGGGCGCAAUUGUCUCGGGACCAUUAGCAGAUGCCAUUGGUAGAAAAGCGCUUAUGGCACUAGGGACAAUUAUUUUUAUCUUUGGUAACGUAUUACAAGUUGGUGCCAAUGAUUUGAAUACAAUGUACGGUGGAAGAGGCGUCACUGGGAUCAGUUUAGGCAUUUUGUCCAUGGUCGUACCUCUGUAUCAAUCCGAAAUUGCACCCAAAGACAUGCGUGGUCGCCUCAUGUCUAUACAACAAUUCGCUAUUACACUUGGAACAGCAAUAUCAUACUGGAUCGAUUAUGCGUUUGUCAAUGUCCCUGGAUCCGUGGGCUGGAGAUUAGCACUCGGCCUUCAGCUUAUACCAGCACUGAUCUGUCUGAUUGGCCUCUUACUGUUCAUUCCACAGAGCCCACGCCACUCAAUCGACAAGAAUAAGCAUGCCGAAGCACUGGAAACACUAGCAAAGAUUCGAGGCGAUGGUACAAAAACACACAAAAACGUGCUGAUGGAAUUUACCGAGAUGAAGCAGAACAUCACAUUUGAGCACAAACUAUACAAAGAUCAUAAAUACAAGCGAAUCUUCUCGAAUGGUUCAGAAAACAAUCGAAAGCGAUUAUGGAUAGGCAUGGCAGUGCAGAUAUUUCAACAGCUGACGGGCGUCAAUGCGCUAUUAGUAUUUGCGCCUCAGAUAUUUCAAGCUACUGGUCUAACAGGACGAGAUGCUGCUUUAUUCGCAAAUGGCCUUAGCGGAUCCAUCAAUCUAUUAGCAACAAUUCCUGCUAUGAUUUUUAUAGAUCGCUGGGGUAGACGUCCAACUAUGAUUACUGGCGCGAUUCUUUGCAGUGUAUGUAUCUGUGUAUUAGCAAUAUUGUCAGGCGUCCAUGGAUUUGCAUACAACACUGUCGAUUCACUGUUGCAACAAGACAUGCCAUCAGCAAACACCGGAAAGAGCGGAAAUCCAUUAUACUUUAUUUUCGACGCCAAUGGAGCUACUAUUGGAUUCUUGAUUGUCAUGUAUGUCUGUGUGGCGAUCUACUCUUGCACUUGGGGCACAUUGGGCUGGAUCUAUCCAGCAGAACUCUACUCGCAAGGCGUGCGAGCAAAAGCGCUAGGCAUCUCAACAGCCUCCAACUGGUUAUUUACCUAUGCCGUGCUUCAGUUGACACCCAUCAUGCUGCAAAAGAUCUACUGGCGUACCUAUGUACUCUUCAGCGCCAUGUGCUUGAUCAUCGCCAUCGUUGUGCACAGGCAGUUUCCAGAAACCAGCGGUAAAUCGCUGGAAGAGGUGGAUUUGAUAUUUAGCGGUAAAUUCAACUUUUACGAUGUGCAUGUGCAUCAUCCCCAAACAGCAGCAGCGGCUCUAGCGCAAAUGGAAAAGGUGCAGCAACGCAACAGGAACAUUUAUCGGUUCCCCUUUACACCUGAAAGAACUCUCUCAAACCACCAUCACAAUAGAAGAACGCUUUUACCGAAUUAUGUAACUCAUCAACCAUCUCUGGCAUUCCAUUAUUAA